CCCGGCUGUACCUCAGUAGCAGCGCGCUCAACGGCUUCUGCGAGCUGGGGGAGGGGAGCAGCGGCGGCGAGGGCUGCGGAGCCUCGCGCGGGCGGCUGGGGGCCUCUGAGCGCGGCGGGUGGCGACGCCACGAGCGGUUGGCUCAGCAUGUCGGUCAGCGUCCAUGAGACCCGCAAGUCGCGGAGCAGCACGGGCUCCAUGAACAUCACGCUGUUCCACAAGGCCUCGCACCCCGACUGCGUGCUGGCGCACCUCAACACGCUGCGCAAGCACCGCAUGUUCACGGACGUCACGCUCUGGGCCGGCGACCGCGCCUUCCCCUGCCACCGCGCCGUGCUGGCCGCCUCCAGCCGCUACUUCGAGGCCAUGUUCAGCCACGGCCUGCGGGAGAGCCGCGACGACACGGUCAACUUCCAGGACAACCUGCACCCCGAGGUGCUGGAGCUGCUGCUGGACUUCGCCUACUCGUCCCGCAUCGUCAUCAACGAGGAGAACGCAGAGUCGCUGCUCGAGGCGGGCGACAUGCUGCAGUUCCACGACGUGCGCGACGCGGCCGCCGAGUUCCUGGAGAAGAACCUGUCCCCGUCCAACUGCCUGGGCAUGAUGCUGCUGUCAGAUGCCCACCAGUGCCGCCGGCUCUACGACUUCUCGUGGCGCAUGUGCCUGGUGCACUUUGAGGCCGUGCGGCAGAGCGAGGACUUCAACAGCCUGUCCAAGGACACCCUGCUGGACCUCAUCUCGAGUGACGAGCUGGAGGCUGAGGACGAGCGCGUGGUCUUCGAGGCCAUCCUGCAGUGGGUCAGGCACGACCUGGAGCGACGCAAGGCCCACCUGCCCGAGCUGCUGCGCGGCGUGCGGCUGGCCCUGCUGCCGUCCGACUGCCUGAAGGAGGCCGUGUCUGGCGAGGCCCUGCUCAUGGCCGACGAGCGCACGCGGCUCAUCGUGGACGAGGCGCUACGCUGCAAGGCCCGCAUCCUACAGAACGACGGCGUGGUCACCAGCCCCUGUGCCCGUCCGCGCAGGGCCGGACACACGCUGCUCAUCCUCGGGGGCCAGACCUUCAUGUGUGACAAGAUCUACCAGGUGGACCACAAGGCCAAGGAGAUCAUCCCCAAGGCGGACCUGCCCAGCCCUCGCAAGGAGUUCAGCGCCUCGGCCAUCGGCUGCAAGGUCUACGUGACCGGGGGCCGGGGCUCCGAGAACGGCGUCUCCAAGGACGUGUGGGUGUACAACACCGUCCACGAGGAGUGGUCCAAGGCGGCGCCCAUGCUCAUCGCCCGCUUCGGCCACGGCUCGGCCGAGCUGGAGAACUGCCUCUACGUGGUCGGGGGGCACACGUCCCUGGCUGGCGUCUUCCCGGCCUCACCGUCUGUCUCCCUGAAGCAGGUGGAGAAGUACGACCCCGGGGCUAACAAGUGGACGAUGGUGGCCCCGCUGAGGGAUGGCGUCAGCAAUGCCGCGGUCGUGAGCGCCAAGCUGAAGCUCUUUGUCUUUGGGGGGACCAGCAUCCACCGGGACAUGGUGUCCAAAGUCCAGUGCUACGAUCCUGCAGAGAACCGGUGGACGAUCAAGGCCGAGUGUCCCCAGCCUUGGCGGUACACCGCUGCCGCCGUCCUGGGCAGCCAGAUAUUCAUCAUGGGAGGCGACACAGAGUUCACAGCUGCCUCGGCCUACCGCUUCGACUGCGAGACCAACCAGUGGACGCGGAUCGGGGACAUGACUGCCAAGCGCAUGUCCUGCCACGCCCUGGCCUCAGGCAACAAGCUCUACGUGGUGGGGGGCUACUUCGGGACCCAGCGGUGUAAGACCCUGGACUGCUAUGACCCCACCUCGGACACGUGGAACUGCAUCACCACCGUGCCCUACUCGCUCAUCCCCACGGCCUUCGUCAGCACCUGGAAGCACCUGCCCGCAUGAGGCGCACCUGUAGAGCCCAACCAGACGCUGUGUGUUUCUCCCCACCCCACGGCUGCAGCCCUCACUGUUGCACGGUGGCCCUGACCCUGUCUGCCAUGGCAGGAAGCUCAGCCCGGCCCCAGGCCAGUACUCCGAGCAGCCAGAAGUCAGCCCCUCCAGCUCUGGGCGGCUUCAGGGGCUGCUCUGAGCUUCAGAGAAGAAAACCCGUCUCCAGCGCCCUGUGUGUCUGGCCGAGGCCUUUCCUGCUUUGCAGUGGUUUGCCGGGGGGAGGACCUUUCAAGGGGGGCGUGGACGGAUGCCAGGACUCCCUCAGCCUCGGGGAGAAGGACACGUUUGCAGAGCUUUGAGGUCGCCUAU